CAUGUUUAUGUGGGCGCCAUUGGACUGAACAGGGUGGAUUUAUACAUUACAUUUCUCAUAAAUAGCAAUAAUACUUUACAGUUUACCUUUCUGCCUGUUUUUAUUAAGUGUGGGAGUGUUUUUGACAGGGUCUAAGGCACAUUAUGCGCACCAAAAAAAAGUUUUUUUAUCUGCCAGUUGGUGUUCUCAGUCUGUUGCUGCUUGCUGAAUGUAACCGUGUAAUCAGGCUGGUUGGCGAAGGGUUGUCGCGAUGCUCCGGCAGACUGGAGGUCUUCCACGCUGGCACUUGGGGGACUGUGUGCGACGAUCACUGGAGCCACACAAACGCUGACGUGGUGUGCCAAGAGCUAGGGUGUGGCUCCGCCUUGGCGUCCAAAAAGAGUGCCUAUUUUGGAGAGGGAACUGGACAGGUCUGGAUGGAUGAUGUGGAGUGCACCGGGAAGGAGCUUUCCAUCCUCAAGUGCUCGCACAGGAUCUUUGGGGAGAACAACUGUGGUCACAGUGAAGAUGUUGGUGUGGUUUGCUCAGAACACGUCAAAGUUAGCCAAGGAAGCAAUCGGUGUAACGGCCAACUGGAAAUCUACCUGGACAGCCACUGGAAAAAAGUGUGCAGCACGGACUGGGGCCAGGAAGAAGCCGAGGUGAUCUGUCGGGAGAUCCGCUGCGGAAAGCCUCUCUUUUCUAAAGAAAUUCUGGAUUUUGGAAUAGUGCAUGAAGCCUCUGGGAUCCAAACCAAAUGCUUGGGGAACGAGAGCUCCAUCGCUCAGUGCUCGCAUCAACCGCUGCAGAAGGACUGCACAGUCGCCAGUGUGCAUUGCUCCAACACCCAACCCCUUCGAUUGGUCAAUGGGACCAACCGGUGCUCCGGCCGAGUGGAGCUCUUCUACGAGGGCCAAUGGGGGACGGUGUGCGAUGACAACUGGGGGAUGCAGGAGGCAGCUGUCACAUGUCGUGAGAUGAAGUGUGGCGCUCCGAUGGUCGCCACGCAAAACGCCUUAUUUGGUGUCGGCAACGAUCAGACGUGGCUGGACGACUUGGAGUGUACUGGAAAAGAGGAGUCCCUGGUUAACUGCCCGCACAGAGGAUUUGGGCAGCAUGACUGCAACCACAAUGAGGACGCCGGCGUGAUAUGUUCAGAAACACUCCGAUUGACCAACGGAACCACGCACUGCUCAGGCCGACUGGAGGUCUUCCACCACGGCAACUGGGGCAAAAUGUGCAAUCACAACUGGGGCGCGAAAGAGGCCACAAUGGUGUGCACGGAACUCAACUGCGGACCUCUCUCCAAAACCACAGAAUAUUUUGGCGAAAGUGAUCUCAGAGCAUUCAGGGGGGCCUGUCCAAGAGAUGCCACCUCCUUCUCCCAGUGUUCCAUUGAGGAAACCUCCGACGCGUGCAGAGGGGUGUCAUUUUCAUGCGCAGGUAGUCCAUCCCUAAAGCUCGUCAACGGCACAGACCGAUGCUCUGGCAGGGUGGAGGUCUACCACAACAGCCAGUGGGGGACAGUGUGUGACGAUUUCUGGGACAUCAAGGACGCGCAGGUGGUGUGCCGUGCCAUGGACUGCGGGACAGCCAUGAUGGCCAAACCCGGCGGCUUCUUCGGCGAAGGCAAAGGAGAAAUCUGGCUGGAUGACAUGGAAUGUGUGGGGAACGAGUCGUCCCUUGCCCACUGCACGCGUUCCACAUUUGGAGAUAAUAACUGCGGUCAUAGCGAAGAUGCCGGUGUGGUGUGUUCAGCCACCAUCCGACUGAUAAACGGCACCGACCAGUGUUCGGGGCGGGUGGAGGUGUCCCACAGCGAAGCCAGUUGGUCGUCUGUCUUUAACGUUAACUGGGGGAUGAACGAAGCGGCGGUGGUGUGCAGAGAGAUGAACUGCGGCGAUCCCGUGAAGACUUCGGUAUCAUUCGGCAGCAGCGGCGACUCGCGGGGAUACAAGGUCAGCUGCGGUGGCAGGGAGCGUUCUCUCACGCAGUGCACACUGACGGAUUAUGUCCGAAGGAGCCACGAUCUCUUCGAGGAGGCCUCUGUCGUUUGCUCAGGGAACGUGAGGUUGGCCGGUGGACACAACCGUUGCGUCGGGAGAGUGGAGUUCUACGAAAAAGGCCAGUGGGGCAACGUGUGUGGUGAACUGUGGGACGUCCAGGACGCGGAGGUGGUGUGCAAACAGCUGGACUGCGGCAGAGCUCAGCAAAUUACCACCAUGGCGGAGUACGGUCGGGGCUCGGGACACACCUGGAUCGAACAGAUCGAGUGCAACGGCAUUGAGUCUACGUUGGCCGACUGCCGCCAAACUCCAUUCCUGGACAGAAGCUGUAACGCCUCGUCCAUCGCUGGCGUUGUCUGCUCAGACAGUUUGGGGGUCCGCUUGGUGAACAGCGAAGUUGGGUGCACGGGCAGAGUGGAGGUCCAGCAAGGCGAGGUUUGGCACUCGGUUUGCGACGCCAACUGGGAUAUGAGCAAAGCCCAAGCGGUGUGCGAACAUCUACACUGCGGCUUUGUUACAAGCGCUCCCGGCGGGGCGCAUUACGGCCAGAGCAGCGGGCCCGUGAUGGAGGCGAGCGACUCGUGUUUCUCCAACGCCACCACUCUUCAGCAGUGCUCGCGAGGGGGCUUCACCGAGUCGACGUGCGGACACGAGCAUGAUGCUGGUCUUUCUUGUGCAGCAAAGGUGAGGUUGGUCGACGGCUGGAGUGGAUGUUCCGGCCGGGUGGAGGUCUUCCAUCAGGGCCAGUGGGGAACCGUGUGCGACGACCAGUGGGAUAUGGUCAGUGGCGAUGUGGUGUGCAGACAGCUGGGCUGCGGUCACGCCGUGUCCGCCCCCGUCAGUGCCCACUUUGGGAGAGGCAAAGGCCCGAUAUGGCUGGAUAACAUUGAGUGCACCGGCGACGAGGCAGCCAUCACGCAUUGCAAUCAUCAGGGAUUCGGGGAAAAUAACUGUGGACACAGCGAGGACGCCGGUGUUAUCUGCUUGGGUUCUCUGGAGAAGCCUCAGGUCACAGUGAGUCCAUCAGUGGAGGUAAACUGGGGCGACAAUGUGGAGUUCACCUGCAGUGUCCUGACCGAGCACAUGGGCGGCACCUUUCUCCUGAAGAAGACCCAAGGAUCGUUUAAGAUCCAGAAGUAUUCCGAGAACGAAGCGGCCACUUUCACGAUCUCCAAAGUGAACUUCAGCCACCAGGGGUCGUACUUCUGUGAAUAUCAAAAGAAGCUGUCGAAUAACGUCAUCUACUAUCCUGAAGGGAAUCCAGUGGAGCUCAGCGUCAAAGUGUCGCUGGAGAAACCGUUCAUCUCCAUGACCACCUUCCAGGUAAUGGUGGUCUACAGCCCGCAAGAGGUGUCGGUCACCCGAGGCAGCAGCUUCUCCAUCACGUGCUCGGUCCACUCCUUGUAUUCUAAAGGCCUAGUCUACCUGAAGAACACAAACACAAACAGCUCAAUAGCAAAGCCGUUGUUUGGACACUCUGUCUUCUACCUGGCCUACUUCGAUUUCCCCGAGAUAGAGGAAAAACACCAAGGUGCGUACGUCUGCAUCUACUCCGUCAACAUCACCUCCAAGACUUUUUGGUCCGCUCCCUCCAAGUCGCUCUAUGUCACUGUCGCCGCAACAUCGUCUUCGUCGGUGGUCUCAGGACUUGUGAGCGGGUUGGUGCUACUGCUGCUGCUUCUCAUUGUGGGUUAUCUGGUGUGGAGGAGGAGGCGGCAGCAUGGGGGCACCAUGGUUCAGUUCAGUAACAGGCUUGUAGAAGCCAUGAAACCACAGUUUGACGACAGAGGCAACGGUGCACUUGAUGGCGGAGAUCGAAACCCGCCCGUUAGAGUGCGAGGAGCACAGCGCCUCCAGGAGGACAAGGUGCCGGACGUCGACUCUGAGAGCUCUGCAGAAAGGGUCCCCGAGGACCUGGCAGGUCGAGUGUGUUACGAGCUUGAACCGCUCGUUCUGUAGUGGUGGUGUUGCAAAUGAUAAGGCCUUGUUUACGUACAGAACACACCUGAUACUUCAUUAGAUACACCUGCAGAAUGUAUUGCCAUCCAGAACAAAAGUUGUGCCUUUUUAGAAGAGGACUUGUACUACAGCAAUAUUAAACCGCUUCUUAAAUGAACACCCCACCUGCACUGCCUUAUCUAUCAAUCAAUCAAUCAAUCAAUCAAUCAAUCAAAGUUUAUUUAUAUAGCCCUUAAUCACAAGUGUCUUAAAGGGCUGCACAAGCCACAAGGACAUCUCGGCUCAGAUCCCACAUAAAGGCAAGAAAAAACUCAAUCCAAUGGGAUGCCUUAAACUUUUUUACUUCAACUUUCACUCCUCUAUAUGUCAAGAGUACUCUGCUUUUUCUAAAAUGUUUUUUCUAAGAACCUACUUCCUCGACACUCGUCAAAGAUCCGCUCUAUCGGAGGUAGGGGUGUGGGAAAAAAUCGAUUCGAAUUCGAAACGCGAUUCUCGCGAUUCAGAAUCUAUUCUCAUUUUUUAAAAAUCGAUUAUUUCCAACAAAACAAUACACAGCAAUACCAUAACAAUGCAAUCUAAUUCCAAAAUCAAACCCGACCCAGCAACACUCAGAACUGCAAUAAACAGAGCAAUUGAGAGGAGACACAAACACGACACAGAACAAACCAAAAGUAGUGAAACAAAAAUGAAUAUUAUCAACAACAGUAUCAAUAUUAGUUACAAUUUCAACAUAGCAGUGAUUAAAAAUCCCUCAUUGACAUUAUCAUUAGACAUUUGUAAAAAAAAAAAAAAAAAAAAAGAAGAACAAUAGUGUCACACAGUGACGUGCAGUCAGGGGAAGCAGG